UGUCGUGAGAGCUGCAGCAGUCAGUCGGCGAACGAGCUCCGGCGUAUAUCGAUCGAUCUUCAUUCCAAGAGCGAUACUUGUCCGAAAUGAGAUUGCAGUGCCUUUUGUUGCUGGCGCCAUGCCUGGCGCUGGUGGUCCUUGGCCAGGAGACGGCCCCACAAGCCACAGUCACGACGGGGGAUGCUGGCGAGCAGGAGAACCCCAACAAUGGCACAGCCGACACCAAGCCACGAAUGCCCACUGAGGAAGCGAUCCUUGGCCAGAUGCCGCCAAUCACACCCUUGCGCAGCGGCGUGCCCUCCCUAGAUGCCUUCUACAUGCUCUUCCCCGCCCUGGGCAGCCUUUUGCGCUGGGGAGCACUCUUUCCGGCUCCCACGAUCCUCGGCGCCGUGCCCGAUUCUCUCCAGCCCACGGCGGCGGCCUCAAAGGUAGUCCUAGUGCUGGCCGAUGAUCCCACGGCCAAGACGCGGGUUCCUCGCCAGGAUGCACCACCACCAACGAACCCGUUCGGCCAGUUCCUCGCCCAAAUGCCCAACGCAAACUUUGCCCAAGGCUUGAUGAAUCCCGCUAACUUCAAUCCGGAUAACUUCAACCUCGGACAGAUGGCCCCCAAUGUGGGACAGGCUCUUACCAAUAUGCAGCUGCCACCGAUGCCAACAAUGCCGCAAUUCGGUUUCGAGAACAUCCUGGGUGCCGCACCUCCACCGCCGCCCGCCGCUCUGCCGCCAGCACCAGCAGAGCCCGCCCCGCCAGCAGACAAGCCAGCCGAUGAGCCAGCUGCCCCGGUGGCAGCUCCGAAUCCCUUCGCGUUCCUCAACCCCAGCAACUUUGAUAUGAACCAAAUGUUGGGUCAGGCUCAACAGAGUCUGCCGCCGAUGCCCAGCGGCGUGGAUUUCUUCAGCAAUCUGCGACAGAUGUGGCCGGGAGCACCGCCCGCCAGUCCUGCGCCCGGCUCUGAGGGCCAGGCCUCGGACAUAUCCGAGAUUCGUGUGAGGCCCGAGGAGGCCGCCUACUCGCAGGAUAACGAUCUGGAUGAGAAGGAGCGUGUGCCACUGCUCUGGUUUCGCAUGCCCAUGAACCGUCAAGGCGAUGAGGGAGAGUCCAAGCCGCUUGAGGAUCUGCGCGUCGAGGCAAAGCUGAGAGCGUUCGAGCGACAGGUGAUUGCCGAGCUCAAGAUGCUGCAGCAGAUUGAGCGCGUGGCCAAGGAGAUGCGCUCGAGCGCCGCCUCCAGCAGCGGCAGCAGCGGCAGCAGCGGCAGCGGCUCCCCCUACAAGAUCAGCUAUCCGCUGAGUCGCACUCCCGUUCACAAGAUCACACGAGCAGACAUUGAGCAGGCGCUGCGCGACGACUACGUCCGUCGUCUGUUGCACAAGGAGGCGCAGCGCAAGUCGCGAGCCAAUCAUGCCGCCUUCAAGCGCCAGACCAUGCCCGCGGAUGCGUCCAUGUCCAAGGAGGAUAUUGUCAAGAUCAUGGCCUACGCCUAUCGCAUGGCAACAGAGCAACAAUCAGCGGAGAAGAACAAGGAGGACAAGAUCUAUGCUGCCUACCGCGCAACUGGAGAGAAGCCACAGCAGCAGGAGCGACAGAUGCAGCAGCAGCCAAUGAUGAUGCAGCAGCAGCCCAUGCCUCAAAUGCAACAGAGGCAGUGGGAAGCCGAGAAACAGGAGGCUAAAAUGCAGCAGAAUCCCAUGAUGAUGAUGCAGCAGCAGCAGAGGCAAUGGGAAGCGGAGCAAAACGAAGCCAAAAUGCAACAGCAAAGACAGAUGAUGGCGGAACAGCAGCCCAUGAUGAUGCAGCAGCAGAGGCAAUGGGAAGCCGAGCAAAAAGAGGCCAAAAUUCAGCAGAAUCCCAUGAUGAUGCAGCAGAGGCAAUGGGAAGCGGAGCAGCAGCAGCAGCAGCAGCGACAGAUGAUGGCGGAGCAUGCGCAAAUGCAACAGCAGCCCAUGAUGCACAUGCAGCAGCGAAUGGAGCAACAGCAGCAGCAGCAACCGAUGAUCAUGAUGCAAGAACCCAUGCGAAUGGAGCAGCAGCCCAUGAUAAUGCAGCAGCGCCAGAUGGCAAUGGAGCCACCACAAAUGCAACAGAAUCCCAUGAUGCAAAUGCAGCAAAGGCAAUGGGAAGCGGAGCAAAAAGAUGCAAAGAUCCAACAGCAAAGACAGUGGGAGGCUGAGCAAAAUGAAGCCAAAAUGCAGCAGAAUCCCAUGAUGAUCCAGCAGCAGCAGAGGCAGUGGGAGGCUGAGCAAAACGAGGCCAAAAUGCAGCAGCAGCAGAGACAGUGGGAAGCGGAGAAGCAGGAGGCCAAGAUCCAACAGAAUCCAAUGAUGAUGCAGCAGAGGCAGUGGGAAGCGGAGAAGCAGGAGGCCAAAAUCCAACAGAACCCAAUGAUGAUGCAGCAGAGACAGUGGGAAGCGGAGAAGCAGGAGGCCAAGAUCCAACAGAACCCAAUGAUGAUGAUGCAGCAAAGACAAAUGACAAUGGACCCCAUGCAAAUGCAGCAGCUGGACUCAGCCCGUCAAUGGGGGGAGCCCCAAGGUGACGCCGGAGAAGAGGGCGAGGCGAUGCUGGGCGAGGCAGAGCCACAGAUGCCGGAGGUACCUGGCCAGGCACGCCACAAAGGAGUCGAUAUGCUGGGCCUGGGCGGCGACAAGCGCAAGAAGUCCAAGCAUGGCCAUGGAUCGCCCACAGUGAUCAACUAUUAUGCCGUGCAGCAGCAGCAGCAGUACCCACGGCCACAGCCCAGCUAUGGCACCAGCUACGGUGGCGGCGGCUACGGAUCGAAUGCUUACGGAGGCGGCGGCUAUUCCAGCGGCGGCUACUCCAGCGGAGGGUACUCCAGCGGAGGCCAUUCGAGCGGAGGGUACUCGAGCGGCGGACAUUCGAGCGGAGGGUACUCGAGCGGCGGCUAUCGGGCUGCCCUGGGCAAUGACGAGGUCGACGAGAUGCUGCGACAGCAUCAGACAAUGGCGAGGACAAUAAAUCCCGGCAAUCCCAACGGAGUGCAGCAGCAGGAGCAGGAGCAGCAGCGAAGUAGUAACCAGACGACCCCACAAUUGACGCCAACACAGCGACUACACAAAAGUCAAUCAUCAGCAUCAACCGCAUCUGAAUCAGAGUCAGAGUCAGAGACAGAGUCGGAGUCCGAUCCAGUUUUGGGCUCCAAAUACAGCUUCAAAGAGGGGAUAUUGCAGCCGUAUAUGGGCCUGCUGCCAAUUUCUCAUCCCAAUGAUCCCUGGACCCACAAAGCCUACGAUCCCCACCAUGCCUUGUACACUGGCGGCGGCAGCUAUGCAGCCUACCUUAAGGAUAACGAUGGACGGCGUCGCCGGGAUACGCACAUCAUGCCACAGAUGCCGCAGCAGCGAAGUCUACUCACACCCGAUAUGCUGGAGCGUCUGUUGCGCAUCAAAAUCGAGUUCCAGCGACGCUUUCCCCAUCUGUACAAGACCAUGCUCAGUCACCAUACCAACCAGACACGCGUAGAGGUCCAGCCACCGGUGCUGGGCAGGAAGAAAGCAGCCGUAAAGGAAGCCAAGCCCAAGUAUGAGUCGGAGGAGGGGCCCGUUUAUGAGCUGGGCGCCGCUGAGCGUGGACUCUUUGAGGAGGAGGAGGAGGAUCAAGCGGAGGCAGCAGCAGACCCAGAACCGAAUAUAGAUAUAAAAGAGAGCCAAGAGUUGAGCAACAACAACAACGACGAUGAUGACAUGGACACCUCUGGCAGAAAGGAACAGGAUGACAAUGAACUCGAUUACUUUAACUUCGAUGAUGAUGAUGAUACGGAUAAUUUUGAUGAUUAGACUUUUGCUAUUUCAAAAUAAAAACAAAAACCCAACAAUUAUUAAUUAAAACAAAAAA